AUGAGUGAUCUUCCUAGACCUUAAGUCAAUAUAGUAGGGAAAAUAGCAGGAGCUAAGCACUUUGAUUACCAAACUAUUUAUGUAAAAUAUAACUUUCUUACAGGUGAAGAAUGGAAAGUUGUUGCUGGUAUUACUUAAGGCGAUACAUUUUAAUCUACUGGCAUGCUAAAUUAGGUGAUUCCUUUGGAACAUCCCUUUGAUAUAAAUUAUGCAACCAAGUCUAUUAGAGGCUGGCCAAAAUUAUUAGUAGAAGCUUGGGGUAUCGAUGCAUAAGGAAGAAAUAGUUUAGCAGGAUAUGGAAUUAUUGGAUUACCAUUUUAGACAGGCGAAUACAAUCUCAGUAUUCCUUGUUGGAGACCUCGCCCAGAAUUCUCAGACACAAUUAUUGGCUCAUAUCCAGAAUUAGUGUACAAGGAUGUAUUAGUUUCUAGUGAUUCAAGAUUUGCAUUUAAAACAGAAACUACUGGUUUUAUAACUGUUGACGUAGGAGUAUUUACUAAAGACUUUAAUCUGCAUGGUGUAUAGCUUUAAUAAGACGCUGAUGAUGAAGAUAGCUUAAAUAACUGA